UUUUAGUGAAGGCGGGAACUGGCGGGUGUUCAUUCAGCUCUCCUCCUCAGCUUAGCCGGCGUGCUUUUAGCUGGACGAAACAUCAUGUUUUAGCCUGACCCGCUCCCUGACACCGAACAUCUCACUCUGUGUGAAUGUUUUCUGCUUUGUUUAAGCUGUCUAGCCGCAGCUAACUUAGUUUGAGCAAAGUUUUAGCCGCCGGCGGGCGCCGAGGAGGAAUCUGUGUUCCCCGGAAAAAAAAGGGGGGUUAAGUGAACGUUACCCGUAUGUCUGACAUGGAGUCCUUUCAAAAAGUCGAAAAGAUCGGAGAGGGCACGUACGGAGUGGUGUACAAAGCGAAAAACAGAAUCACCGGAGAGACUGUGGCCCUCAAGAAAAUCAGACUCGACACUGAGACUGAAGGUGUUCCCAGUACUGCCAUUCGAGAAAUAUCUCUGCUGAAGGAGCUCAAUCACCCUAAUAUUGUCAAGCUGCUUGAUGUCAUCCACACAGAAAAUAAGCUUUACCUGGUGUUUGAAUUUCUUCACCAAGACCUCAAGAAGUUUAUGGACUCCUCAGUCACUGGAGUCACGCUUCCACUUGUCAAAAGCUAUCUGUUCCAGCUGCUGCAGGGCCUGGCGUUCUGUCACUCUCAUCGGGUUCUGCACAGAGAUCUUAAACCUCAGAAUCUGCUCAUCAAUGCUCAAGGAGAGAUCAAACUAGCUGACUUUGGGCUGGCCAGGGCUUUUGGUGUGCCAGUACGGACCUAUACCCACGAGGUUGUUACUUUGUGGUACCGAGCUCCAGAGAUUCUCCUGGGAUGUAAAUAUUAUUCCACAGCUGUUGACAUCUGGAGUUUGGGAUGCAUUUUUGCUGAAAUGAUUACUCGGAGGGCAUUGUUUCCUGGAGAUUCGGAAAUUGAUCAGCUUUUCCGGAUUUUCCGAACACUGGGGACACCUGAUGAGUCAGUCUGGCCAGGAGUGACCUCCAUGCCUGACUACAAGCCUUCCUUCCCAAAGUGGGCACUACAAGACCUAGCUAAAGUUGUGCCCCCUCUGGAUGAGGAUGGCAGAGACCUUCUUGGGCAAAUGCUGAACUAUGACCCCAACAAGAGAAUUUCAGCCAAAAAUGCCCUUGUUCAUCGAUUCUUCCGUGACGUCACCAUGCCGAUGCCUUCUUUGAGGCUCUAAGAUGAAAAGAAGAGAAUAAACAGACUCACACAGGCUGCAGCGGACCAGGACUCAAGUGUUCCUUUUCCUGAAGAAUUUCUUUCUGUAACCCAGAGACUGCUUAUCAGUUCUACAUUCAUGGACUCUGGUACUGUUUAAAAAAGGAAAACAGUUUUGCCAAAGUUGAUUUUCAGUGGAGAAAGUUCUUAAUGAUUCAAGCCUUUCUACCAGCUUAAGUACGUCUGCUCAGGGCUGUAUUUUUAUACUGUGCAGAUGAGACCGUUUCUCCAGUUCUUUCUAAGAGGUGACAUUCCAGUACUUGGUGAACUGCAUAUUCAGGAAUUAGUUGACUCUGUGUGUGUUUAAAAAAAGAAAAUCUCUUUAAACAAUCUUAUUAUGCACCAGCUUCAUUCAUAUGAAUAUUUAUUUUGGACGGCUAAAACAUUUUCGAUUUCAAGUUCAGAAUAUUUUUGUAAUUGGUGAUUUUAUGCCUAGUUAGGCAAUUUUAUCCAUGUUUGCUAAGUAUACAUAAAUUUGUUUUAAAAAAAUGCUUAUUUUGAAAACUUGUUUUUACUCAUGUUCAGCAUACUGACCAGCAUUUAAGCUUGCUCAAAGCGUGCAUUAAAAUGGAGGUAAAAAGCUGUUUUACGACAGGGGUGUUUCUUAGAAAAUUUCUUAAAUAAAGCUGUAUAUAGCAUUUUACAAAGAAAA